CUUUACGUUUCUGCUUCUGAAAUAUUUCUGAAUAAAUCCCUGUCCAAAAUGACGACACCUAGACUUUUCCAACUCGAGGAUAUGUUCAAGUUUAACCACAUUGUGCUCGAUCCUUUGGUGGAGGUGUAUCCCUUACCAUUCUUUCUUCCAAAGAUAUUGGAACAUCCCGAUCUGGUUCUCACAGCGGUGGCUCCUGACGACCGUCUCGUGGGCUUUAUCCUGGGCACCCGAAUAGUGGACUCCCAAGAACCCAGAAUCAUUGGUGAUGGAAACUAUCAGCAGAGUGCUUGCCACGGGCACAUCUCUGCCUUGGCUGUGGCUCACGACUACCGGAGACUGGGCCUGGGCACUCGCCUGAUGGAGAGUCUGAGGCAACUGCUGGACCGCUAUAAAGACCCGUAUGUGGACCUCUGUGUGCGCGAGAAGAACCACAAUGCCAUUGAUCUGUACGAGACUCUGGGAUAUGUCAAGUACCGCUGGCUGCCUCAGUACUAUGCCAAUGAUCAUGGCUACGACAUGCGGCUGCCCCUGGCAAGCGACGUGGAACGAAGAUCUCUGGAGGGUAUUACAAGGAACAAGUUCUACAGCUUUGGCAAUAUGAUUUUCCACCUCCUGAUAAUCUUUGUGGAGGGAGUAAGGCAAAUUCUUAAGAGUGACACACGGUAAUCGGCUUUAAAAAAUAUAUCAAUGUUUCCAUUAACCUACUUACCGCAACACAUGUUUUGCUGCAAAGUUAAAAUCAUAUCGCAGACACGAAUAAAAAUUUGAGAAAAAGUU